CUGGAAAACAACCGCCGUCCUUUUGACUGUUUCUUUAAAAACGACUCCGAUACCCUUCCUUGCUGCCCCUCCUUUUUCAUCUAGUCGAAGGGGAGAAUACAUUUACAACUCAAUUGAACUUCCCUCGUCUCUCCGAACAACGAACAAUCUCUCAGACAGUAUGGAGGCUAUUCGGCAAGCGUUCCAGCGCUGCAAGGCGCAAAAUCGGCCAGCGCUCGUUACCUACGUCACGGCCGGUUAUCCCACCCCGGAGGAGACACCAGGUAUUCUCCUUGCGCUCGAGAAGGGCGGAGCAGAUGUGAUUGAGGUUGGCGCCCCUUUCACCGACCCUAUUGCCGACGGACCAACUAUCCAGACCUCCAACACCGUGGCAUUGAAAAAUGGCGUGACUAUUCAGUCGACGCUGCAGAUGAUCAACGAGGCGAGGAGUCGGGGCCUCAAGGCUCCCGUCUUGCUCAUGGGUUAUUACAACCCGCUCCUCAGAUACGGCGAAGAGAGGCUCCUAGAAGACUGCAAGACCUCUGGCGUGAAUGGUUUCAUUGUUGUCGACUUGCCACCGGAGGAGGCCAUUUCUUUCCGGAAACUCUGCACCAAGGGAGGUCUUUCUUACGUUCCCCUGAUCGCGCCCGCGACAUCCGAUGCCCGCAUGAAGAUUCUAUGCAAACUCGCCGACUCGUUCAUCUACGUCGUCUCCCGCCAAGGCGUCACCGGCGCCCUCGGCACCCUGAACGCCGCCCUGCCCAACCUGAUCGCACGGGUGAAGCAGUACAGCGGCGACAAGCCGGCCGCCGUCGGCUUCGGCGUCAGCACGCGAGAGCACUUCCAGAGCGUGGGCGCCCUGGCCGACGGCGUCGUCGUGGGAAGCCAGAUCAUCACCACCCUACAAAAGUCCACCUCCGAGGGACGCCUCCACGAUCUCGAGCAGUACUGCGCCUACCUCUGCGCCCGGGACGCGAGCGUCUCCGACGAGACGACGAGGGAGGUCGGCAUCGUGGAGGCCAUGGCGGGCGCCAAGGAGCCCGAGGGCAACGCCACCGUGAGCGACGUCAUCACCGCGGAGCAGGACGACGACCUCGUGGCCCAGCUCGCCGCCAUGCACGGAAAGAUCCCCGAGCGCUUCGGUGAGUUUGGCGGCCAGUACGUCCCCGAGAGCUUGAUGGACUGCCUGUCCGAGCUGGAGGAGGGCUUCAACAAGAUCAGGGACGACCCGUCCUUCUGGGAGGAGUACCGCUCCUACUACGACUACAUGGGCCGGCCGGGCCACCUGCACCUCGCCGAGCGGCUGACCGAGUACGCGGGCGGCGCCAACAUCUGGCUCAAGCGCGAGGACCUGAACCACACCGGGUCGCACAAGAUCAACAAUGCCCUGGGGCAGCUUUUGCUGGCGAGGCGCCUUGGCAAGACCAAGAUUAUUGCCGAGACGGGCGCUGGCCAGCACGGCGUCGCCACCGCUACCGUCUGUGCCAAGUUUGGCAUGGAGUGUACCGUCUACAUGGGCGCUGAGGACGUCCGCCGCCAAGCGCUCAACGUGUUCCGGAUGAAGCUCCUAGGCGCCAAGGUGGUGGCCGUCGAAGCCGGCAGCCGGACGCUGCGCGACGCCGUCAACGAGGCCCUCCGUGCCUGGGUGGUCCACCUCGACACGACGCACUACAUCAUCGGGUCGGCCAUCGGCCCGCACCCGUUCCCGACCAUCGUGCGGACCUUCCAGUCGGUCAUUGGCGAGGAGACCAAGAAGCAGAUGCUCGAGAAGCGGGGCAAGCUCCCGGACGCGGUGGUGGCGUGCGUCGGCGGCGGCAGCAACGCCGUCGGCAUGUUCUUCCCGUUCGCCAACGACCCGUCCGUCAAGCUGCUCGGCGUCGAGGCCGGCGGCGACGGCGUCGACACGGCAAGGCACAGCGCCACGCUGUCGGGCGGCACCAAGGGCGUGCUGCACGGCGUGCGCACCUACGUGCUGCAGGACGAGCAUGGCCAGAUCGCCGAGACGCACUCGAUCUCGGCCGGCCUCGACUACCCCGGCGUGGGCCCCGAGCUGAGCUCGUGGAAGGACAGCGAGCGGGCCAAGUUCGUCGCCGCCACCGAUGCGCAGGCUUUCAUUGGGUUCCGGCUCAUGAGCCAGCUUGAGGGUAUCAUCCCCGCCCUCGAGAGCGCGCAUGGUAUCUACGGUGCGCUGGAGCUGGCGAAGACCAUGCCCAAGGGCCAGGAUGUCGUGAUCUGCCUGAGCGGGCGUGGAGACAAGGAUGUGCAGAGCGUUGCGGACGAGUUGCCCAAGUUGGGUCCUCAGAUUGGUUGGGAUCUGCGGUUCUGAUCGAGGAAAACGGGGAGAGACGAGGGACGAGGGAAAAGGGAAAAGGGAAAAGGUCAAGACGUAGAGGAGACGAGGGUAUACCAUUUACUUAGAUAUUCAGGCGUACAUACAUUGGAUUAUUCUGGGACCUAGGAAAAGAAAUAAAAAUGGCAUUUCGAAAGCAAAAAA